GUGAGUAACCUCACUGUAGGAUGAUUCCGUCGAACCAAAUUUCAAAAUAGAAAUAUUUUUAUAAAAACUCUGUGUUCUCCUCACUUAUAUCUAAUAUAAGCCUGAUAUUGAUUAAAAAAUGGAUACACAAACAGCCCAAAUCCAAAAGAAACUUCAAGUUGAGUUAGACAGUUUCAAAGCAACGCAAAAAGAAUACUCAAAAAUGGUUCAACAAAGACAGCUUCUUGAUGGACAACUGAAUGAAAAUAAGAGUGUGCUUGAAGAACUCAAUAAAUUAACAGAAGAUAAAAACACUGUUUAUAAAUUAAUUGGACCAAUCCUUGUGAAACAAAGCCUCCAAGAUAGUCAACAGAACAUCAGUAAAAGAAUUGAUUUCAUUGGAAAGGAGCUUCAAAAAUGCAACGACCGGCUAAAUGGCAUGGAAAAGGAACAAGACAAGCAUCGUGAAAAUCUUGGAAAACUUCAACAACAACUUAAUGUUCUUCAAGCUAUGAAAGCUUAAUCAUUCGAUUUAAAAAACACUUCUCUUCAUGAUUCAUUGGUCAUCUCCUUUUAAUUUCAAUAAAAACAAAGAAUUCUAUGUGAGAAAUCUA